AUGGUUCGAGAAGAUGAAGCUUGGCCUGAAGAAAAUAAGCAAUGGAUUUCUCCAAUUUCUUAUGCCUUGAUGGUUGAAUUUAGUUUUCAAAUUGCAAUUUUAUUCCUAUUGCAAUGUUUCUGGAAUUAUCUUUCUAAUUCCAUCGCAAAAGCUUCUUUUAUGUCAAGAUUCGAAUUUAAACUAUACAUUUUCUUGGGAGUUGUAUCUGCGAUCAUGUUCCCAGUAAUACAAGCUGCGUUCGGUAAUACGUUAAAAGAGGCUAUCCCACAAUUAGUUUAUGGUGCUCAGUUAAUAUUACUUACUGUGUUGGGUAUCCAAACUCAUUAUCGAUUCGUAAAAUUGAUCCGAAUAUCUUAUAAUAAUAAAAAUGAUCCCCAUAUAGUAACAAAAAUACAUUAUUUUAUCGAUAUGAAUAAAGUGUUAACUCUCACUUUGUUUAUUACGGGCGCAAGCUUUCUUAUUUUGGGUAGCGACGUUCUUAUAAAUUCAAGACCCAUCGCUAAUAGUAGAGUAGUGAGUGACUUAUUGGUUGCUCACAUAAAUUUCGCGGCAAUAAUCGAAUGGCUUGUUCUUAUUUUGAUAAUCUAUCCUCGAAAAGGUUUUGUAGGAACUGGCUCUGGUGGAAAUUCUUUACAUAGUACAAUCCAAGACUCUAUAAAUUCACAUCCUAUGAAACCUUAUACUUCGGGAUUAGAAGUUAAUAGAGAUUCAUAUACUCGUCUCAGUUCAUAUAAUAAUAACACCGAUCAGUGUAUUGAAUCCGAUAAAUAUUCUUCAAAUGAAAGCCCAAUUUCUUCUCAAAUGCUACCAGCUGUUCCAACUCCUGUAGUUUCUCCCCCUAAUUCAAUAUCUUCUAAUUCUGCGCCUUCAGUUACUCCGAAAUCAAAAUUAAAGCGUAACAUUUCAUUAUCAAAAGAUGGAAAAAUGAUAUAUGGUGAUACGGAACCAUUGGGGAAAGUAGGCGGUUCGGAAUUUGUAGCUGUGGAAAAAGUUGAUCCUAGAGUUAUGCCUUUUUAUUUUGCGCAACCCUCGAUUGACACAACUUCUCAACGGUCUUCAAAACUGGAUGAUCAUGAUUCAGGAAAAUCGACUCAGGAAGAACGUAUGUUAGUAUUACAACGUCAACAUGACGAAUUUAAUGCAUUAAGAAUGAAUGCUAUGAGAUCACAACAAAGUGUGUUGCUCAAUAAUGAUAAUAAAAGUGUUUCAAGCUCUGCCAACACUUUUAUUGAAGAUCAACAGGCUUCCUCAGCAUUGUCUCAUGCAAAAAGGUACUCUAACGCAAAAAGGUACUCUAACGCAAAAAGGAAUUCUGAGGCCAUCAGUUAUGAAGAAAGUGAAGACGGCUAUUUUUAUGCUAUGUGA